UCAAAAAGUGAGCAAAUGCAGCAUAUCCUCUCGGCUGAAGAUCUUUAUCUUUAUAGAGAAUUUCAUCAGGGAAUGCUAGCGAAUCAGUGUGAUCUCAAAGUAGCCACUCUCAUCGUAGUGCUGCCCAAAUUAUUCUUAGUCCUACAUCCACCGGCUUCUCCAUAAAUACUGACACCAUCUCCGAAUGCGUUACACAGGGAAGCAGCGGUGCUUUCUUAGCCCAUUUGAAGCUGAAAGUCUGGACAUAAAGUUACCAUGGUGAUAUAGCUGAUUUAAAAGAGAGCCACCUUUGUACAAGGAAUGUACCAACUCCUCGGAGCUGAUGGCGUGCUAGCUGGAAAGAAUGGGGCGAGCGGACUUCAGGUGCAUAGAAUGUAAUGAACCGGCGACGGAGCUGCACAGAGACUACAGGAACGGCAUACUGAAGAUCACGUUAUGUGGGUCUUGUCAGAAGCCCGUGGACAAGUACAUAGAAUAUGAUCCAGUCAUCAUCCUGAUUGAUGCGAUCUUGUGCAAGACGCAGGCGUUCAGACACAUUUUGUUCAACACAAGCUUGGAUAUCCACUGGAAGCUGUGCGCGUUCUGCGUGCUGUGCGAGGCCUACCUCCGGUGGUCUUUGCUGCACAGUUCAGAGCCGAGCGGCCACCCUGCUGACAUCAUCAGGUACACCAAGGAAUGGGAAUUCUACGGCAUGGUUGCCUUAGCAUCACUGGAGCUGUCAGCGUUCUGCGGCGGCGUGCUGUGUUUCCUCUGGGCCGUGCCGGGUCGUCACCGGGGCCACCAUGUGCGGCUCCUCCUACGAGCGCUUCUGCUGUCCUGCUACGGCAAGGCGCUCCUCGUCCCCGCCGUCAUUUGGGAGCACGACUUCUCGCCGCUCUGCCUGGGCCUCAUCAAGCUCUUUGUGCUCACCUCCAACAGCCAGGCUGUCCGAGUGAUCCUCAACUGCAGAAGGCGUCUGGCGUUGGUGGCUGUCGGCGUGGGGCUGCUGUCAGAGAUGUUGGCCGCUCGGGCCUCUCAGAGGCUGGCGUGGAGCAUCCAGGACACGGAGGCCAUGUUUGAUUGAACACGUUAUUUAUUCAUCUCAGGGAGGAUGGACACUGGGAACAUCUUGAUGGAUUUUCUUUCAAAUGCGAAGCACAGACUUUUCUCCCCUCUGAAAUCAUGCUGGUACAUGAUUUUUUUCAAUUGACAUUUUGCUUCCUUGAAUUGAAAAGUUGACAUUUGCACCACUAAACACACCAAAUAACGACCCGAUCCAAUGAACUUUGACAGCCAUACAUUGCCUCACAUGUCAGUAAAGUAGCCCCUCGUUUAUGGCGGUUGACCGGUUCCAGAUCCGACCGUAAUAAGAAUUUCCACAAAGUAGGAUUCAAUAUUAAUAAUUGGAAUAUUUUCAUGUUUAUUUUCUAAAUAUGUUUUUUUUUUUACCAUUAUUAGAGCCGAGUAGACAUGAAAUAAAACCCCUAUAGUUGCCUUAACACUCUAAUUACCCGAUAUAGUAGACAUAAUAGAAAAUAAGCCAUCUCGGACAUAAAUAAGAUAAGAUAGACUCACACAUUAGCAUUGGCAGCAUGCUUCCUGAGGUGCUAUUAGCCCAUCAAUGUAGCAUUACUGGCACCUAGUGACCAGCGUAGAAUACUGUUUGUGGUUAAGGAGAGACUCACAAAGCACUUGAAUGGCUUUAUUAACAAGCAGAGAACACAUGCAGUGAGCAUUCACACAGGAGCUGCUGUCGGCCGGUUUGUACACUUCUAACCUGCUGCUAGCACUCAGCUACAGUCAACUCCAGCUAUCUUAGUCACACAUUUAGCCAUUGUUAAGCUUGAAAAUGCUAAACGUAGGCCAUGAAUAUGUACAAUUUGCUUAACUAUGAAUAUAUUUAUAUCCUAAUAAUAGACCACAUACAACUUUAACUGAUCUUUUAAAACCCGCCGUAGAGUGAGGGCAUGAUGUUCAAACUGCGAUACACCCGUCACAUUUCUGCAACUUUCUUUUUUGAGUCAACACUGAAGAGUACUGGCAACAAAAGUGAGUACACCGAGAGUUCUUUGCUACACAGCCCCAGUGUGGGGGUGGGGGGGGACGAAAUUCUAAUCCGUGUUAUUUAGCUGUAAAACAUUACGGCAUUUCUAGCAAUGUAUUGUGAUGAUUGUACGACUCUUGUUGUGAAGCUUUACAACACUUCCGGUAACAGCUUGCUUCCACAAAGCGAAAAUUGGUUGGAAAUGAAUAAUUUAAUUUCCAUUUUAAGCAUUUGGGCACCCCAUACUGCACAACCGUAGAAGUAUAAGGUGAUAUUGUAACUAUAGGAACAGGUUUUCAAUCCGCGGUGGUUGUGCGGCUCGUCUUUUCAAAAUAAAAUGCUAACAUCCGGUCGGUCGUGGCUAGUGUUGUUGGAAACACGUCUUUUAGGGCACCUGAAAGGAAUUAGCCAUUCAUCAGACGCUUUCACAUGUGUUCAGUGCUUGUCCUCUUAAGUAAACAUCGUCAUGUCAGGAACUUAAGGAAUGUACUGCUCUUAAUUUGAAGAUUCAGUGUCAACAUCCGCUACUAACUGAGGUUGACGCAGCAUCAUUUAAUCACAUUUAAUCCCUACAUGUUAAGAGUAUCUAAUGUAUACCAUCUGAUAAUUGCCCAAUGAAUCGGAGAAUGUUAUAAUUAAUAAUGUAAUUAUGUCGUUGAGGAACAACUUCAUACCAAAUAUGGGGUCAUAAAACGUCGCAAUCUUUUAUUUUUAACAGUAUAUUAUAUAUUAUAACGUAUUCAACAAAGGUACACAUAACAGAAACCAAAGAACAUAGCCACGGGUUACGUUAAAUAAAAACAUUUAAAUCAGAAAAAUUGUUGAAGUCCUGGGAGCCUUUUUGUUGGACGAUUUGUUUAUAAGUUGAAUAUAUUGCUCAACAUCUUUGAGGAAAUAAAUUUAAAUUGUUCUUUUACUGAUAUAUUUGCUAUUGUGGACGAAACAUUUGGCCACAAUAAUCAGUAAAACGGCGCAAUACUUCUACAUUAUCGCGGAAAAAAUCGUCGUUUUUUUCAUUUACGAGAAAAACUUUAUUCUCAUUUUUACUUUUCUCAUAAAUUUAUGUUUUAUUUACGAUAGUCGUCAUACAAGAAAAAAAGUUGUAAUUUUACAAGAAAAAAAGUGAAAAUAUUACAACAAUAAAGUUGUAACUUUAUGACUUUUUUUCAUAAAUUUACAACUUUUUUCUUGUAAAUUUUGGACAUUAUUCUCACAAUAUUACAAGGUUUUUCUCGAAAAUUUAUGAGUUUUUUCUUGUAAUAUUACGACUUAUUUUUUCAUAAUAUUACGGCUUUUGUUCUCGUAAAUUAACGGAUUUAUUCUCAAAAUCUCAAGAUUUUUUUUCAAUGUGGCCCUAAUACGCUGUCGUGUGAAACAGCACCCUCUAGUGGUUUACCAAAAGAACGCUAGGUUUGCCUCGUGGUGCAUAGUGGAAUUACAAGACAAAGCUAUUCACGGUAUUAAGACAUGAAAUCAUUGAUUCAAUAAAACUAAGAUGUUAAAAAUAGUAAUCCAAAAUAUAAAAGUACAUCAAAAUGAAAUAAACCAGCAAGCAAUGUGAAAUGUAUAAAAUGUAAACAGGCCUGCUGUGUGUUUUGUGCGUGUCGGUGCAGGUCCGUCCACGCGUGGCGGAUGACGGCGCACACGUGUGGAAUGUUUUUUGGGUUUUUUUAGCGUCCUCACCCUGGGAGGACCUGUUCCUGCCUUACCCCAAGCUCGUCUCUCCUUUCGGGCCGUGAGCGUUCUGUCCUUGUGACGUGAAACAAUCGAAAGGUGCUGAGCGGUUUAGAAUGUGGCCUCUGACCAAAAGGCAGCAGGUUUGAUCCCCAAGCUGAACGCUGGCCUGAUACAACACACCAUUACAUCAGCACAGCUCUUAUUUUGGAGUGAAACAGAAAUAAAAGCACUUUUAUAGCAGAAACGAGCGUGCUUGAGAGUCCAAGAGCAAAUAUUGGAAGCCCUGAGAGACUCUUUUAGAGAGUGCUGGUCCAUCACUGUGGCUUGCAUGCAGUGGUUUAAUCCCACUUAAUCAGAUUACUGCAACAACAACUUAGCCAUUUAUCAGGUUGGGGCGCCAGUGCAGCUAACUGCUGAAAAAAGCAGCUCAUUAUUGCAUUUAGUCACACAACCAGUUGGUUUGACUUAUAAACAAACUUGCUAGGCUGCAUGCCAGAAAAACAACACUACUUUGUUUUAUCAUUGAGGGUGUCACAAGACCUCGCAGGAUUAAAACAUGACGAGAUUUCUCCUUCAGAAAAAAAUAAGUCUCACAAUAAUAAAUUGUUCACACAAUAAAUGAAAAUGAACUGGAUCAUUUUGCCUGCCUCAAUAUAUUGCCAUGCGUGUCCGUUUUCCGCGUCUCUCUCGCCUCCAAACAGGCAGGGCGAGAGUUCACUCUGCAUUGCUUUCAGCACCUUAACGCUUCAUAGAACAACGGCUUGUCUUGUGAGUUGGGUGUCUACUGACACCCCUACUUACUAUAUCAUACAUGCUAGCUCAAGACGUGGAGAAAAACUACUAAACUAAUGAUUUUUUGAUGCGGAAACAGGAAAUGCGAUGCUAGUUUCAAAUGAGCCAAAGACUUUGAAGCUGUAAAUGAUUCCGAGCGUUUCUGAUUGUGCUUUCCAGCGACAUACGGGGCAUUACGGUAAUCAUAGCGACCGCGGCACAGCCGCCCCGGGAAGACGAGGCCUUGAUACAAAGCAGAGCGGGGGUUUGUUUAAAGUGUGACGGAGGGGGACAGAGAAGCAAGCUUUCUAUGGCAAAGCUCUGCAGAAAAGUCGUAUUAAAUGUUGUAUUGUUUUUGUGUUUUGUCAUGUUGUUUGUGGCAUUUUUUGUUUUGUUUUUGCUUGAUUGCAGGUCGCCUGGAAAGUAAACGAGGGGGAACAUAUUCUUGAUAAUCAGUGUUUUCUGGUUCAAACU